UGUUUGACUCUGGAUAAAUUUGAAAGCUAUGAUGAUGAAAUCCAGCUCACCCACCGAGCCCUCUCCCUUCUGGAGCAGAAUCGAUUUUGGGCUGGAGUGGUGUUCUCUGAUAUCUACCCCUGGAACAGCUUGCCCCCACAUCAUGUGAAGUACAAGAUCCGCAUGGACAUAGAUGCAGUGGAAAAAACCAAUAAGAUCAAAGACAGAUACUGGGAUCCUGGUCCAAGAGCUGAUCCAGUGGAAGACUUCCGUUACAUUUGGGGCGGGUUUGCAUAUCUACAGGACAUGAUUGAACAAGGGAUUAUAAGAAGUCAGACCAAGGCAGAAGUCCCCAUUGGAGUCUAUCUGCAGCAAAUGCCAUACCCCUGCUUUGUAGAUGAUGUCUUUAUGAUCACUCUGAACCGCUGCUUCCCCGUCUUCAUGGUGCUGGCCUGGAUCUAUUCGGUUUCUAUGAUGGUGAAGAGCAUUGUCCUUGAGAAGGAGAUGAGGCUAAAGGAGACCUUGAAAAACCGAGGUGUUUCUAAUACUGUCAUCUGGUGCACGUGGUUCCUGGACAGCUUCUCUGUCAUGGCAAUGAGCACAUUCCUUUUGACAGCCUUCAUCACGCAUGGCCAAGUCCUGCACUACAGCAAUCCCGUCAUCCUCUUCCUGUUCCUCUUGGUAUUCUCCGUUGCCACCAUCAUGCAGUGCUUCCUCUUCACCGCCUUCUUCUCCAAGGCCAACCUGGCGGCAGCCUGCAGUGGCGUCCUCUACUUCACCCUCUACCUGCCUCACGUCCUGUGCUUUGCGUGGCAGGAACGUAUGACGACUCAGAUGAAGAUGAUGGCGAGCCUGCUGUCUCCUGUGGCAUUUGGGUUUGGCACUGAGUAUUUGUCUCACUAUGAAGAGCAAGGCCUCGGACUCCAGUGGGGCAACAUUGGCAAGAGCCCCAUGGAAGGGGAUGAAUUCAGUUUCUUGCUCUCCGUCAAAAUGAUGCUGAUGGAUGCAGUCCUUUAUGGCUUCCUGGCCUGGUACCUUGACCAAGUACUUCCAGGGGACUACGGAAUACCACUUCCUUGGUUUUUCCUUUUGCAAGAGUCCUAUUGGCUUGGAGGUGAAGGAUGUUCAACAAGAGAAGAAAGGGCCUUGGAAAAGAAUGAACCCGUAACAGAAGAAAUGGAAGACCCAGAUCACCCAGAGGGGAUAUAUGAUACCUUCUUUGAGAGAGAGCUCCCUGGUCUAGUCCCUGGAGUGUGUGUGCGGAAUCUGGUGAAGGUCUUUGACUACCACAGCAAGCCAGCGGUGGACCGCCUGAACAUCACUUUCUAUGAGAACCAGAUCACUGCCUUCCUUGGGCACAAUGGUGCUGGGAAAACCACCACUAUGUCCAUCCUGACCGGGCUGCUCCCUGCAACUUCUGGCACAGUGCUGAUUGGGGGCAAGGACAUUGAGACCAGCAUGGACUCCAUCCGGCAAAACCUUGGCAUGUGCCCCCAGCACAACAUACUAUUCCACCAUCUCACAGUGGCCGAACACAUCCUGCUUUAUGCACAGCUGAAGGGGAAGUCUAGGAAGGAGGCGUACCUGGAGAUGGAAACCAUGUUGGAAGACACGGGCCUUCACCACAAAAGGAACGAAGAGGCCCAGAACCUGUCAGGGGGCAUGCAGAGGAAGCUGUCAGUUGCCAUCGCCUUCGUGGGAGAUGCCAAGGUGAUAGUUUUGGAUGAACCCACCUCUGGGGUAGAUCCCUAUUCUAGGCGCUCCAUCUGGGAUCUGCUCUUGAAGUAUCGCUCAGGCCGAACCAUCAUCAUGUCCACUCAUCACAUGGAUGAGGCUGAUCUCCUUGGGGACCGGAUAGCCAUCAUUUCCCAGGGCAGGCUGUACUGCUCAGGGACUCCCCUUUUUCUGAAGAAUUGCUUCGGCACGGGUUUCUAUCUAACCUUGGUGCGCAAGAUGAAAAACAUCCAGAGCCAGGGGAAAGGCUGUGAGGACACCUGCAGCUGUACACCCAAAGGUCCAUCCAUCAGCUGCCCAAAGGUUGGAGAGAUAACGGCAGAACAAGUAUUGGAUGGAGAUAUAAAUGAGCUGAUUGAAAUGAUCCGCCACCACGUGCCAGAAGCAAAGCUAGUAGAAUGUAUUGGCCAAGAGCUUAUUUUUCUCCUCCCAAAUAAGGAUGUCAAGCAGCGGGCCUAUGCCAGCCUCUUCAGAGAGUUGGAGGAAACUCUCCCCGACCUGGGUCUCAGCAGCUUUGGGAUAUCUGACACUCCACUAGAAGAGAUUUUCCUGAGGGUCACAGGAGAUUCUGAAUCAGGAGCACUGUUUGUAGGUAACACUCAGCAGAAAGGACCAAGUUUUAGCUUUAGAAAUCCCAGUUCCAGUAGAAAUGAGAAAGCAACAAGAGGACCCCAGGCCUCCAAUGGCUCCUCAGCCCCAGAACAAACCCAUCCUGCUGAAGGCCAGGCAGGCAAGGAGCCUUCUGACAGUGGGGUGCAGCUGAACAAGGGGCCUCAGCUGCUCUGUCAGCACAUCCAGGCUUUACUCAUUAAGAGGUUCCACCGUGCCGUCCGGAGCCACAAAGACUUCCUUGCUCAGAUUGUGCUCCCAGCUGGCUUUGUGUGUUUGGCUUUGCUGCUUGCUGUCAUCAUCCCCCCUUUUGGAGAGUAUCCUCCUUUGACGCUUCACCCCUGGAUUUAUGGACAGCAGUAUACCUUCUUCAGUUCUGAACAGCCAGGCAACGAACAACUGUCAACUCUUGCUGAAGUCCUCCUGAAUAGACCAGGAUUUGGAAAUCGCUGCCUGAAAGAAGAGGUCUUCCCGAAUUAUCCCUGUGGCAAUUCAACAUCCUGGAAGACCCCCUCUGUUUCUCCUAACGUGACUCUCCUGUUCCAGAAGCAAAAAUGGACAGCAGACAACCCCUCUCCUGCCUGCAAGUGCAGCACCCGAGAGAAGCUCAUGAUGCUCCCAGAAUGCCCUGCGGGGGCAGGGGGACCCCCUCCUCCCCAGAGAGUACAACGCAGUACGGAAAUCCUGCAAGACCUCACAAACAGGAACAUCUCAGACUUCCUGGUAAAAACAUAUCCCACGCUUAUAAGAAGCAGCAUGAAAAGCAAAUACUGGGUCAAUGAACAAAGGUAUGGAGGGAUUUCUAUUGGAGGAAAGCUUCCAGUCUUCUGUAUCACUGGGGAAGACAUAGUUGGGUUUUUACGUGACCUUGGUCAACUUAUGAACGUGAGCGGGGGCCCUGCCACCCGAGAGGCCGAGAAAGAAAUGUCCAAUUUCCUUAAAUAUUUGGAAACUGAAGACAACAUUAAGGUGUGGUUCAACAACAAAGGUUGGCACGCAAUGGUUAGCUUCCUCAAUGUGGCUAACAAUGCAAUCCUGAGAGCCAAUCUGCCAAAAGACAUGGACCCGGAGGACUUUGGAAUCACCCUCAUAAACCAGCCGCUGAACCUCACCAAGGAGCAGCUCUCUGAGAUCACGGUGCUGACCACUUCCAUCGAUGCCAUGGUGGCCAUCUGUGUGAUCUUUGCCAUGUCCUUUGUCCCAGCCAGCUUUGUUCUCUAUCUGAUCCAGGAGAGAGUGAGCAAAGCAAAGCACCUGCAGUUUGUCAGCGGUGUGAGCCCAACUACCUACUGGGCCACCAACUUCCUGUGGGACAUCGUCAAUUAUGCUGUGAGUGCUGGGAUAGUGGUGGGGAUCUUCAUUGGAUUUCAGAAGCAAGCAUACACUUCCCCAAACAAUCUCCCAGCCCUGAUUGCACUGCUGUUCCUUUAUGGGUGGGCCGUCAUCCCGAUGAUGUACCCCGCCUCCUUCCUGUUUGAUGUGCCCAGCACGGCCUACGUGGCCUUGUCCUGUGCCAACCUCUUCAUCGGGAUCAACAGCACUGCCAUCACGUUUGUCCUGGAAUUGUUCGAAAACAACAGGGCAUUGCUCAGGUUCAGUGCCAUGCUGAGGAAGGCUCUGCUCAUUUUUCCUCACUUCUGUCUGGGCCGAGGACUCAUUGACUUAGCCCUGAACCAAGCUGUGAUAGAUGUCUAUGCCGCCUUUGGUGAGGAACACUGUUCAGAUCCUUUCCAGUGGGAUAUGAUUGGGAAGAACUUGGUUGCCAUGGCGGUGGAAGGGGCGGUCUACUUCACUCUGAACCUGCUUCUCCAGCACCACUUCUUCCUCACCAGAUGGAUUGCUGAGCCUGCUAAACAACCUAUCACUAAUGAAGAUGAUGAUGUGGCUGAAGAAAGACAAAGAAUUCUUAGUGGAGGCAAUAAAACUGAUAUCUUGAGGCUACAUGAGCUCACCAAGAUUUAUUCAGGCAACACAAGCCCAGCAGUGGACAGGCUGUGUGUUGGUGUUCGCCCUGGAGAGUGCUUUGGUCUCCUGGGAGUGAACGGUGCUGGUAAGACCACCACAUUCAAGAUGCUCACUGGAGACAUCACAGUGACCUCAGGAGAUGCCACUGUGGCGGGAAAGAGUAUUUUAACCCAAAUUUCUGAAGUCCACCAAAAUAUGGGCUAUUGCCCUCAGUUUGAUGCUAUCGACGACCUGCUCACAGGCCGAGAACAUCUGCAUCUCUAUGCCCGUCUCCGUGGUGUUCCAACAGACGAUAUCAAAAGGGUGGCAAACUGGUGCAUUCAGAGCCUGGGUCUGUCUUCCUAUGCAGACCACGUGGUAGGCAGCUACAGUGGGGGUAAUAAGCGGAAGCUCUCCACGGCCAUCGCUCUGAUUGGCUGCCCACCUCUGGUGUUGCUGGAUGAGCCCACCACAGGGAUGGACCCACAGUCCAGGCGACUGCUAUGGAACACCAUCGUCAGCAUCAUCAGGGAAGGGAGAGCGGUUGUCCUGACAUCACACAGCAUGGAAGAAUGUGAAGCCCUGUGUACUCGGCUGGCCAUCAUGGUGAAAGGAACCUUCAAGUGCCUAGGCACUAUACAGCACCUCAAAUACAAGUUUGGGGACGGCUACAUCGUCACGAUGAAGAUCAAGCCCCCCAAGGUGGGCUUGCUGCCAGACCUGAACCCAGCCGAGCAGUUCUUACAGGCAAACUUCCCAGACAGCGUACAGAGGGAGAGACACUAUAACAUGCUCCAGUACCGCAUCUCCUCCCCCUCGCUGGCCAGGAUCUUCCAGCUGCUCAUUUCCAACAAGGACAGCCUACACAUCGAGGAAUACUCAGUCACACAGACCACGCUGGACCAAGUAUUUGUGAACUUUGCUAAACAGCAGACAGAAGAGGAUGAUUUUCCCUUACACCCCCGUGCAGCUGGAGCCAUCCCAGAUGCCAAGGUCUGCUGAAGUGCCCGUGCAUCACUGCUUGCUUCCUACAGCAAGAAAGGAAUGAUUGGCAUCCGGAGACUGGGAUAAUCCUUG